CGCGGCCAUGGCGACGGGCUGCGGCGGCGGGCCCGGGGCUGCGGGCGCUGCGGGCCGAGCGGGCGGGGGGCGGGGAGAGGCGUCGCCUCGCAGUGACAGGAGGGCGGGCCAGCGAGGCGGAGGGGCCACGAGGAGCGGGCCCUACACCCUCAGCCGGGCCCCCGCCGCGCUGCAGAGGCAGCGGGAGCUGGCCAGGGCGGCACUGCGGCGGCACGGGCUGCUGGGAGGGCCCGGUAGGCCCCCAACCAAACCGACAGGCAAAAGGUCAGUGAAGUUUCACAAGGGCUACGUGGCACUCAGCCAGACAGCAGAUGAAAGCCUGGUGUCCCUGGACUCAGACAGUGACGGGGAGCUGGAAUCGAGGGGCUCCUCUGGCUACUCCUCCGCCGAGCAGGUGAACCAGGACCUGAGCCGGCAGCUCCUGCAGGAUGGGUACCACCUGGAUGAGGUCCCAGAUGACGAGGACCUGGACCUCAUCCCCCCCAAACCCACCACCUCCUCUUGCCCAUGCUGCUUUGGGGAUUCUCUCUCCUGUGUGGUCCAGUAGGUGCUGCUCAUGUUGGGACACCUCAAAAGCCACCACGUUCCAUGUCUCCUGGGAUGCUUGGUGGCAUCCCAAGAACUCAUUACUACGUUACAGCACCCAGCCAGUCCCAAACCACUUCUUGUACAGAGCAGUAUCACAGGGGUGGCUCAGUGACAUAUGGCCACACGGGUGUCAUUUGUCACCAGGGUAAGGAGGGGACUCACACCAGUCCCAUUCUUCAGCCUUGAACAGCUCAGACACUACGUACCCAGAGUGCCCUAAGACCAUGAGCCCACCUCUACCAGGACACUGCUUGACACGGCCCUCCUGAAUCUGUUCAUUAUGCAAAAAAGGUCAAAUUUGGAGCAGCUCCCCAAACUCAGCAUCGUUACAUUCUUCUUUUUGUCUGUGCAUCUUUCUCAUGCUGCCAGCUGUGCAGGGCAGGAAGGUGCCCAAAGGGCUGCUUGCUUUUUCUUGGGAUAGAUGUGUUUUUCUUUCUUGUUAGAUACAGAAAGGGGCCAACGGCCUCUGUGUUUUAUUUAUGAUGUGUUCCCCCCUUGGGGGCCCUUCUUAGUCAUCAGUGCAGCUCAGCCCAUUUGGGCAUGGAUUCGGGGCAGGAAAGUUCUGCCUGGUGCAGGUUUUAUAAGCUGCCUUAAAUCAUGGUCCUGCUGUAUUGUAGAGGACAAUCAGCUUCUUAAAAACAAACCUUAUUUAAAUAAUCUUUGUCUAAAUAAUUGAGACUUUUUUGUAUACUCCUUGUUGGAGGAAGCACUCAGUAAACUGGAUCUUGUUACUCAAA